AUGAAACCGAUCAUCAAAGUGUCACAGCGCUACAAAUCUCACUGGAGGUCUGGGGUCUCACGAGUACUCAUCAUGAUGCUAGUGAAUAAUCUUAAUACUGGGCUAGAUGUGGCAGUGAUAAGCGUCAGUUGCCUGACUAUCACUACGCAACCAGAUUUAACCAGCAACUUCUCCCCUUUAGACCUGUGGGUGUGUAGUGUAAUGGUUAACACUUCACAGGUCAAAUCACAAGAUACCAGUUCAACCCCAUGUUAUCUGAGAGUCCUAUCCCAAUUCAGUAAGAAGCCCACCCCUGUACCGCUUAUCCCGAGAAGGCAUCUAGUAUUCCCAAGAAGGCAGGAAUUAAAUAGUCAAAGGCCAACUGCAGAUGGUAUGGAGCGUGCAGUAAUACUUAACACACUAGUGGAGCUUUGGCAUGCUAGUCAUUGGUCCCUUUGCUAUAACCCAG